CAAAGUGUAGAAACAGCUGAUACGAGACGAAAGUAUCAAAACCUGUUAAAAAUUUUCAGCUGUCAUUUAGCUAUUGCUUGUUUGACUUGAGUCGACUUAGAAAGUUGUUAAUAAUUAAUACUUACACAAAAAAUGUAUUGCGGUCACGAAGAUAUCCAAGAAAAAAAUGAUUUUCGACGCGUUGUGUUGUAUUAUGUACAUUCCCAGUUUUGUUUUCAUUUUACUACGUGCCAUUCAUGAACUACGGUGAGACUUUCAGUAAUACAAAACAACAAUGGCAAAUGCAGAAAAACCUUUUAAUUGUUUGUCACCUGGUUGCAAUAUGAGUUUUAUAAAUGACAAUCUAUUAACAGUGCAUAAGAAAAAGCAUGACAUGAUGUUGAAUCUAGGAAACGGUUCUAAGAGUGCAGGUUUCGUAGCAGAUCAGACUCCAACUCCAACACGUUUCAUCAGAAAUUGUGAAGAGGUUGGACUGUUUCAAGAUUUACAAAAUGUUAAUCCUUUUGAAGAAACAUUCAGAAGAGCAGUGGAAUCAGGAAAUACUGGUAUACUUACAGUACCGGAGGUUGGAAUUACAGAUGAUACUCUGCAUACACCUCAUAUAUUUCCCCACAUAGCGGAUGUGCUGUCUUCCAACAAUCAAAUUAUGUCUGAAAGCAGCAUUUCGAUCACAGGAAAAAGUACAGAAGAUAGAACCACUAUUGACACCGAAGUCUGUACCAGUGUAAAACUUUCUGUAUCAAACGAGCAGGAUUCAAGAAGAGACAAACUAACAACAGAGAAGAGUGAGACACUUACAGAAAAUAUUAUUCACGAAGUUACGAGCACAUCGAUAAUACCAAGGACUUUACGAGAACAAAUUAGUCCAAAAUUGUCGAUAAAUGGGGAGGAAGUGCAACUGCUUUUGAAGACAUCCGAUGGUAAACUGAUGCAACUAUCGGCAACUCCGAUUUGCGGAUCUACUAACAUAGGUACCUUACAAUCACAGAAGCAUUCAACAGUUGUGAUAAAGACCGAGCCUUCUUUACAGUAUUGUACAAAAGAGGAUUCCAAGAAGCUGUCUACAUUAUCGUUGGCAAAAAUGAAAUUGAAACAAGCAUUGACAAAAAAUACAAUUUCGAAAAAUCAGACACUUGACGACAACUCUGAGGAAAUCGUGUUGAACCACUCGAAGAAACAAAAUCGUAGUAAAACAGUGGAAGAGCAAGUAAAAAUGAAGGCGGAAGAGCAGAUAAAAAAGAAAGACAUCCUUGAACGCAAUCGUGCCAGCUCGAUGAGAGCAAGAGCCAAAAGAAAAGCGUGGAUUCAACACCUUGAGAGGACGGUCGCCAAUGUGAAUGAGACUAACGUGGCUUUACAAAUGGAGAUAAAGGUUUUACGUGCAGAGGUUGCCAAGUUGAAGAACCUUCUAUUAGCCCACAAAGAUUGCCCGGUUACAAAGGCGAUGCAGAAAGGAAGUGGCACAAUACUGGCCCCCAAAGUAAUAUGGUUGAAUUCAGAUGUGGUAACCAAUCCGACAACCCCAAUGGGAAUUUCGAUGAAGCGAUCGGCGUCGAUUUCUUCCGCGGAAGUGCCAAUCAUGCCAAAGAAAAAGUUAUCCUUGGUACCUUCGAAAAACCCAAUUAUCUUUCCAAAAGUGGAUUCUACUACGAAUUUGUCGAUUCCUAACGCAACAUUGAUUAAAACUAUACCUGCUAUUAAGAUCGGGGGUGUCAGCCAGCUUUUAACAGAGAAGGAGGAAACAAAGCAGAUUUUAUUUGUGCAGAACCCACAAAGAAAAAUUGUGAAAUCCUCUAGACAAAUCAUUCAGAUCAACCCUAAUUACGAAAUAGAACAUAGCGCAACGAAAAGUACGGGAACGUAAAUUAACGGUAAUAUUAGAUAUUACAAUUUAAAGUGUAAAAAUGACGCGACAGUUGUUAAACUAAUGUUGUAAAAUUUAUUUUCUACUAAGACAAAGAUGUGCCUGCAUAUUGCGUAUGAAUCAGAGAUGGUCGAAAUUGCUAUUUUGAUAAAAAUGUCAAAUGAGAUAUAAGCACUUAACUUGCAAAAUGAAAUUAUAUCUUACAUUAAAUUAAUGAGGACUAUUUUCAGAAACCGAUAAAUGGAAUGAAAGUACCAAAUAAAUCUGUGAUUUUAUUCGAAUAUAAUUUUGUCCAUCCCCGAUAUGAAUGUGUAUGCGUAUAAUGUAUAUUACAUAUUUUUUAUUAUUAUUUAUUUAUUACGAUAAAUACAAUAGUUUCCUUUACAA